AGAAUAUUUAUCCGAAGGCAUGUUAGUCUGCACACAAGACAGUUGACACAUUGGUCAGAGGACUACUGAAGGCCAGAAUUAAGAGAGGCAGGAUGAGCACUGCAGGAAAAGUGAUUAAAUGCAAAGCUGCUGUGUUGUGGGGCCUGAAGCAACCCUUUUCCAUUGAGGAAGUGGAAGUUGCCCCACCCAAAGCCAAUGAAGUUCGAAUUAAGAUCUUGGCCACAGGGAUCUGCCGUACAGAUGAUCAUGCAAUCAGUGGAGCAAUGACUACUAAGUUUCCAGUAAUUGUGGGACAUGAAGCAACUGGGAUUGUAGAGAGUAUUGGAGAAGGGGUAACUACAGUGAAACCAGGAGACAAGGUCAUCCCACUUUUCUUGCCACAGUGCGGAAAAUGUUCCUCCUGCAUAAAUCCGAAUGGAAAUUUGUGUGUGAAAGCUGAUGUUACCGGCAAGGGGGUAUUAUCUGACGGUACCACCAGAUUUACCUGCAAAGGGAAGCCCGUCUACCACUUCAUGAACACCAGCACCUUUACUGAGUACACAGUGGUGGAGGAAACUUCAGUGGCUAAAAUUGACGCUGCCGCUCCCCCAGAGAAGGUCUGUUUGAUUGGUUGUGGAUUCUCCACUGGCUAUGGGGCUGCAAUGAAGACUGCCAAGGUCACCUCUGGAUCUACUUGUGUUGUCUUUGGGCUGGGAGGAGUUGGUCUUUCAGUUAUUAUGGGCUGUAAAUCAGCCGGUGCUUCCCGGAUCAUUGGAAUUGACCUUAAUAAAGACAAAUUUGACAAAGCCAAGUCUGUAGGAGCCACUGAAUGUAUCAGCCCUAAGGACUACACAAAGCCCAUCAAUGAAGUGUUGAGUGAAAUGACCGACAAUUCUGUUGGGUAUACCUUCGAGGUUGUUGGGCGUCUUGAAACCAUGAUUGAUGCCCUGGCUUCCUGUCAUCUGAGUUAUGGGACAAGUGUGGUUGUAGGAGCUCCCCCAUCAUCUAAAAUGCUCACCUAUGAUCCCAUGCUCCUCUUCACUGGACGCACCUGGAAAGGAUGUGUUUUUGGAGGUUGGAAAAGCAGAGAUGAUGUCCCAAAACUAGUGUCAGAUUUUAUGGCAAAGAAAUUUGACUUGGACCCAUUAAUAACCCAUUCUUUACCUUUUAAUAAAAUAAAUGAAGGAUUUGAUCUACUCUACAAAGGAGAGAGCAUUCGAUCAGUCCUUCUGAUGUGAGCUCCCAAGAGACAUGAAGUCCAUGGGGAUCCCUCAGCAGCUGUGUCUUUUUCUGUUAUUUCACUUUCAUAUGAUUAUGAUGGAACAUGUGUGGCUAUCUCCUGUGGGUUGAAUGCAAAACAGAAAUUAAGUACCUUGGAAUAAACAAGCUUUUCCAAAACAAGGGAUUAACAUUGUCUACUACCUGGGGUAGUGGCAGGAUGUUAAUGUUGUCAUUUUUUUAAUUUGUAAAAAGUAGGUUAUCUUGGAUUAGAAAAUCAGUAAAAGGCAUAAGUGUGCUUUUUACCAAAGUAGGAAUUUUAAGUGGGAUCCCAAUAUUCUUGGGUAAAAAGUAAUAAGGGCUUAAAGAACUACUCCUUCAAGGAUUCCUAUCAUCUACUUUGAGGAAGCUAAGCCAGCCAUUGGACAGUAUUGGACGGUGCUACACUGAAUUCCUGGAAAGACUUUUCAAGUUAUAUUUACUCCACAGAAAGCCUAUGCCUGCCUUCUCCUUUCUUUUUCCCCUUUAUGUAUCAAAGGAGGAUACUUUUUC